UCCAGCUGAGUCGAGAAGUAAUGGCGGCGGAACCUUCGGAAUCAGGGCGGCUGAAAGUCAUCGUAGUCCAAGGGAAAAAUCUCGUGAUUCGAGAUUUCAGAAGUAGCGAUCCGUACGUCGUCGUCAAAUUGGGGAAACAGAAAGCAAAAACCAAAGUAAUUAAAAAUAACCUAAAUCCUGUAUGGAACGAGGAACUCACUUUCAAAAUCGACGCCGAACCUACCGGACUCUUGAACUUCGUAAGUGAUUCCGAAAAAUCUCAAUCGAUCGAUUGCUCUCUGUUUCUGUUUCCACAUCUCAUCAGGAUUGUUCUUGUACAGGAAGUGUUCGACAAAGAUUUGUUCAAGCGAGACGACAGGAUGGGGCGAGCAUCGAUUAACCUUCAACCAAUGCAAUCUGCAAGUCGGCUAAGUAAGAUUCUGAGAAUGUCGACCGGCGAGACGACGCUGAGAAAGGUGGUUCCUGGGAGAGACGACUGCGUUGCGGAGGAAUACUCGAUACGGUGUAUCGAUGGCGAGGUGGUGCAAGAUGUUUGGUUGCGCCUGGGUGGAGUGGAGUCGGGAGAAAUUCAAGUCAGAAUGAAGUAUGUAGAAGAAUAG